AUGGGUCUCCUGAAACAAAAACACAACCGGCAACAACAUGAUCAUGCACACCACCAUGACCACCCGAAUGCUGUCGCCCGCAAACCCUCCGUCGAUGCGAAUGGCUCAUCAGGCGCCGAUGUCCCUCCUGAGCAGAAGGCCGGAUGGACCAGCUUCAUCAAGCAGCUCGCUCACAUGACGGGCGACCUGUCGUCGAUGACUGCUCCUCCCUUCAUCCUGUCCCCCACCUCGCUCACCGAGUUCCCGGCCUACUGGUGCGAGCACCCUGAGCUCUUUGCUGCCAUCUCGGAGGGCAAGGACGCCGAGGACCGCGCCGAGCGUGUGCUCAAGUGGUUCAUUGCCACCCUGAAGGGCCAGUACACCAUGGGCUCUGAGAAGAAGCCUCUCAACCCCGUUCUCGGCGAGCUGUUCUACGGCUCAUGGCCCGACGUCAACAUGCGCGGCGAGACGGAGCUGGUCGUCGAGCAGGUCUCACACCACCCGCCCAUCACCGCUUACUGGAUCCAGAACAAGGAGGCUGGCGUCACGCUGCAGGGCCACUCUGGCCAGAAGACCUCGUUCUCUGGUACCGCCAUCCACGUCAAGCCCAAGAACGGUGACGCCGAGGAGUCGUACCUGAUCACGCUCCCCAAGCUGCGUAUCGACGGCAUCAUCUGGGGCUCGCCCUACAUCGAGCUUACCGAGACGAGCGCCAUCCAGGGCUCGACCGGCUACGCUUCGCACAUCGAGUACAAGGGCAAGGGCUACUUCUCUGGCAAGGCGCACUCGUUCAAGGCUGAGCUGUCGAAGAACGGCAAGAAGAUCCAGACGUACGAGGGCCAGUGGACGGGUGUCUCGAACGUCGGCUCGGCUAAGGGCCCCGUGUUCUACGACGCGAGCGCGCCCAAGCAGGAGGUCACGGUCAAGCCGAUCGACCAGCAGGGCGAGUGGGAGUCGAGGCGGUUGUGGCAGCAGGUCGCGAACGGCAUCCGCACCGGCGACUACGAGACGGCCGGCCGGGAGAAGACGCGCAUUGAGAACGAGCAGCGCCAGCGCCGCAAGGACGAGCAGGCCGCCGGCACCCCCUGGCAGCUCGUCCGCUUCGAGCACGUCGACUCGGACCCCGAGUUCCAGAAGCUCGCCGCGAUGAUGUCCGACAAGGCCGUCCCGGCCACCGAGGACGCCUACGUCUUCAAGGGCUAG